AUAAGCAAAAAAAAAAAAAAUGAAUAUUUAUCGCACGAAAGUAUGCAAACAAAUUUUGUGACUUAUAUACUGUUUCGUUAGAUUGCCAGAUAUAUAUAGAGCCUGCGUUAGAUAACAGACAGAUGCAUGUGAUUGAUAUGAGUUGAAAAUUCAUUAAUAAGAUCGAUAAACUUAUCAAAGUUCAUUAUUAGUGUUAAUGUUAAAAAUGUGAAAUUUGAAAUUCUCUAUCCUUCUUAUAUAAUCGUAGUCAAAAAGGCUAUGCUUUUUUCAAUAUAGCAAACACACAGGUCAAAUGAAAAUGUUUCUUAAGAAAUUUAAAUAAAUUAAAUAAUGACUAUAUUUUCUAAUGUUAUUCAAUCUUAAAUAAAGAUAAAUUGCAAAAAUGGAAAAAUCUAGAAGAGCGUCGUAACUCUCCUACAAGUAACGAAAUGUUGUGCAACAACGUGUCGCCAAAAGCAUAAACAUUUUGCAUUGAAAAAUUGAUUUUAAAUCUUUAAAAUUAUGUUGAUUAGAAAACUUGAUUCAUUUACGAAAAUAACCACCCAGACUGGGUCGGUUAACAGGUAACAGGGCAAGUCGAAAGCGCCACUUAAGGAGGAUUGACGACGUAUGAGGCCAAUGCACGCGACUUUGCUGAGCUAGCUAGUUCGUGAGAUGUGGGACAUGUGUGACGAUGGCCCGAUUAUUACAACUAGAAGAACACCACGUACUUACUCUUUGACAAAUAAGCGGAAGAACGUAAUCUAACCUACCGAACGAACAUCCCUUGCGCCCCUGGGUCUUUCUAUACCCUACCUGCCUAUGGUCUCCUUCGACCCAUGAUGUCUACAGAACUUACAGAGCGUGAAAAAACAGCUGUAAAAAAUCAAAAAAUAAAAAUAAAUUUUUUAUAAAAAAUCAAUUAAAAGUAAUGGAAGGCAUCGACGAAGAAAGAGUCAAUUUAAAUCUAAACGAAAUUUGGAAGGCUUGCCGUAAAAUCCAGGAUGCUAUAUUUCGUUAUGGUUUUGAUAUAUGUGCCGAAUUUUGCCCACACGAUCCCAAGGGAAAGGGUUUAAUAUCAGAAUCUCUUUUCAGCGCUAUUUUGGGUAAAUACAAACGGAUUAUUGGUUUAUCCGAUUUCGAGCUAAGAGAAGUUACGGAUUAUUUUCGUCUAAGAGAUGGUCGUGUAGUCUAUAAGCAAUUUUGUAAAGUAGUGUGUAGUGAAAAUCAUGAUAAAUUCCAAAAGAAAGAUUUAGCCACUGGCUUGGAGUGGAAUGAUCCGAUGCAUGUUAAUGUUAUCCCAAGGCCAGAAGAUCGGCGACAAAUAUGUUUGAUUUUAAUAAAAAUUGCUUUAGUCAGUCAUUUACCUUUAAAGCCAUACUUUCAAGAUUACGAACUGAUUUCGAACAACGUAGGCACCGUAACUGUUUCGCAUUUCUCCAGAGUUUUGCAUUUCUUAAAAAUUCCCGUUUCGGAUAAUGAUUUCCUAUUGCUAUUGAAACGAUAUUUAAAAGACUCAUAUAUGGUCAAUUAUGUCGCUUUCAUUACGCAUAUUGAAAGCAUUAUCGAAUAUCUGAAACAAAGAAAUCUUACCGAUAAUGCUCAGCAAAUCGUAAAAGAUUUUCCUGGUUGUAUAAUCGAUUUGGAAUUGCCGGAAUUGCCACCCGUAGAGGGCACAAAUAUGGCUCAACGGAUAUUCAAAGAUUAUUGCGAUCAUCCCAAAGAAAAUAGAACCGAUUGCGAUGUAGUCGUUUGCAUUCAACAUCAAGUGUAUAAAAAUCGCGUACGUAUUAGGGAAUUUCUUGAGGGUUUCGAUCUUUUGCAUACCGGCACAGUGACAAUAAAUCAAUUUGAACGUGCUCUACAUAACAUGGGUGUGGGUAAAUACAUUACUCAACGUGAUUUUCAAUUAUUAUGUUACCGCUAUCGAGAUCCAAUUGAUACAAAUCGUAUCAUGUGGCGUAUUUUCGAAGACGAAGUUGAUCGCGUUUUCACAAUCAAGAGACUGGAAAAGACUCCAUUAAAGCAGGUUGAAUCACCGCCAAAGAAUAUAAAAGAAAUGCCUCGUAGAGGCUCAUUGGAUUGGCAAGAAGUUAGUGAAAAAACGCGCGAUCUUUGCGAGGAAGCGAUUAGGAAAAUUCAAAUACGUAUACGCAACCGCAGACUUCACUUGCAUCCGUUCUUCAAGAAUUAUGAUAAAAUUAAUUCCGGGCAUAUACACUGCCGACAAGCUAAUCAAAUUUUCACUACCAAUGGUAUUUUAUUAUCAAAUGAUGAGUUGAACGCUUUGAUCGAUCGGUAUGGCAAUGAGUUAGGUUUCAAUUAUACACGAUUCCUGGAAGACGCCGAUCCGGCCGAAUAUGCAAUACCGAAAUUGAUGCCACCGGCCAGUUUGCAGGCAGCGUGUCUUUCAUUUAAAAAUAAUGCCGCCGACACCGAAAACGAAGAGCACGUUAUACAAUUACUUACGAAGGCCAAACGACAGGCCACUGUCAAGAGUAUACCGGUAAUAGACUUUUUGCAAGACUUUGAUCGUCAUCGUGAAGGAGAAAUUCUCGAAGUCGAUUUCCGUCGUGGUAUUGAUAAUGCCAACAUUAAGAUGACUCCUAAAGAAAUGGACACUAUAUGCAAAAUAUUCCGUUCGCCAAAACGCGCCUGCUGUGUACUAUAUCGGGACUUUUGCAAAGCUCUUGAUGAAAUAUUUGUACAAAUCGAAACGGUUACCGGUGAUAAUGAGAUUAUCGCUGUACCUCUUGUACAUUUAGCUAACUUGGAUUGUGUGGAAUGCUUUAUGAACUUUGAGGAACGUACCAUUUGCUCGCAAGCACUUAUGAAGUUGGCACGUAAACCGGAUGAGAUCUCCAAUUUAAGUUCGGUCUUUAAAGAUUUCGAUCGUGAAAAUUGCGGUACCAUACGUAAAAAUCAAUUAAUACGCGGCCUAACGGUACGUGAUAUGCAUUACAUGAUCAGUAGCCGUGAAUUUGAAGCCGUUUUCAAAUGCUUCGGUGUGCAACGUGGUCUUGAUUUAGAAUUCAAUUAUCGCGAAUUCCUAAACAUCUUAAGCAUUAUAUACCGCAACGGUCAAACUAAACGAAAUUAUUAGUAAG